CUGGCGCCCGCGGCCCCCGCGGCCCCCGCGGCAAGCGGGUAGGAGCGACUCCCACGCGGUAAGGCUGUGCGCUAGGCUGCGCCGGCUUCGCCCACUUUGGCUGCGCCUCACUGCGCGCCGCUGCCUCGGUGGCGUUACCCCGUCCCGCACCCGCCGCGCUCCGCCUCCACCGCCGCGAGCUCCUGGGCGGGGAGGGCAUCUCAUCGUCCUUGGCGCCCCCGUGUUGGACCAGGGCCCGGAGGGAGAGAGGAGAGCGGGAGGAGGGAGGGAGAGGAGGAGAAAGAGAGGCACACUGGAGCCCACCCGCACCCACCUCUCCGCGCUGCUGGGCGAGGCGCGCCCGCCCGGGCCCGGGCCCGGCCCGCGCGGGGCCCUCGGCGAGGCUGGCGCCGACCCGAUGGAUGUCGCGGGGGCCUUGACUGCCGCCCGCCGACGUCGCGAAGCAGAGACGCGCCUCAUGAGAGAGGGACUGGACGUGUGGCGCUGCAAGCAACAACAGCUACUCGCCAAGAAGGCCCACGAGCAGAAGCAGCUGCGGGAGAUGCUGAUCACCUACAGCCCCUGGGGUCGGCCCGGCGGCGGCGCCCCCAACUCGGACACGAUCCGCAAGCGGAAGGCACUGCAGCUCGACACGCUGUACGGCGCGCCGCCGUCCACGUCCCCGGGAGCGUCGCCCUCUUCGUCCACCUCCUCGCCGACGGCCGGGGCCGGGGCCCGGGUGGGGGCGGGCCUCCACAACGGCAACCUGCACGGCUCCGGCUGCCACACGCUGCCCCGUCUGCAGACCCGCCAUGGGCAGCUGGGCGGCCAGGGCCAGCCGCAGGGCCGGCGCCUGCGCUGCGACCCGCUGCUGCUGUUCCAGUUCCAGGAGGCCGACCGCCGCGCCGUCGACAACCUGCUUCGCUACCGCACCGACCCGCGGCAGCAGGAGCAGUACCGCCGGGAUCUGGACCGCAUGGUGCAGGAGAAGCGACAGCGUCAACAACAGCAACAGCAAAAACAACAGCAGCAGCAUCAGAGGCAGCAGCACCUCGAGAAACAACAACUUCUCCAGCAGCAGCAGCAACAGCAGCAGCAGCAGGAUGACCCGGGCCAGGAGAGCGUGGCUCGCAGGCGGCGAAGCGCCGCGUCUAACGCAGAGCAGCCUCAACGCGACAAGAACUGGGCUGGCGUGGAGCUGGUGCCGCUGCUCGACCGCCGCCGCUACCCCAGCGCCCCUGACGACCCCCUGUCCCCGACGCCGCGGCCAAGGGCGGGCCAGGGCCGCCAGGGGGCGCACCUCCCCACCACGGACGUGACCAACGUGACCAAGGUCAAGGAGGACGUGAGUCAGGAGAAGGAGCAGACGUGGCGCGACCUGGCGGCGCAGAUCGACCGCAAGCGCCGUACGAUGGAGGCGAGCCGCGCCGAGGAGCAGGAGCGCAGCCGACAGCACUUCGAGACGUGGCAGAUGCUCUGGGGACGGCCGGGCCACGGCGCGCCCAGGGACGUCAAGGUCAAGGAGAACCUGGACGUCAUCCUGUACCACAUGGACCGCGGGACGACGGCGCCCUCGGCAGCAGCAGCAGGAGCCCCCGCGGCCUCGCCCAUGCCGUCUCCAAGGCUCUCACCCAGGGCCGCAGCCACCAUCGAGCCCCUGGCCCAGUCGCUGCCCCCCGCCGCACCCGCCGUGGCAGCCCGCUAGAACGCCCAGCCCACCACAGCCUCACGCCCGCCGCGAAGGCGGCCGGUCCGGUCCGCGCCGCCCUAGCCUCUGUCGCGCCCUCCGCCGCCGCCCCCCACGUGUACGCCGCUUCACCAAAAGCGACUGUCAGUCACUCUUUUCCAGAUGACACGAUGACGAUGCUGCGCAUCCCUGACUUGGGCCUUCACCCCGUAAUCUGUAAUAAUUAGUGGACGAGCCCAAUCAGAGCGCCUCGUCCUCAUGGGGUUCCUGCAGCACCGCGCCGCCCCCUUCUCC